AUGAGCGCGCUCAUACAGCUGCGCGACUCAUCUGGUAAAUUCAUACAAGCUCGUGCUUUACUUGACACUUGUGCAACAGCCAAUUUCAUUACAGAAAAUCUAACACUGAAAUUAAAACUUCCAAUGCAGACUUGCGCACUUCCCAUCGGGGCAGUUAAUGGAAUGCAAACUUUCUCUAAACACCUUAUUCAAGUAACUUGUAAAUCUCUCGAUAAUAAAUUCAAAAGACCAAUCACAUUCUUAACAGUUAACCAAAUCGCGGACAUAAGUCCAAGUGAGACCUUCCCGCGCGACAAAAUUCACUUACCUAAAAACAUUAAAUUGGCUGAUCCUCAAUUUCACAUACCACAAACAGUAGACGUCCUCAUUGGAUCGGGAAUCACUCUAUCUCUCCUGUCCAUUGGACAAAUCAACCUUUCACGAAACGAUUGCGACCUAAUCAUACAAAAAACACAACUAGGCUGGGUCGUUGCUGGGGGAAUUAACGACGACAAUAACUUGCAACCUGUAUCCUGUCAACUGACAGAUUUGUCGAGUCAAUUAACUAGGUUCUGGACGAUUGAAGACGCGGGCCCAAGGGGUUCCAGAUCCCUAGACAAUUCCCUAUGUGAACAUUACCAACAAUACACGACUCGUAACGCAGAAGGACGUUACGUUGUCCAACUGCCUUUCCGCAUUGAAGACGUAGAUUUUGGAAACUCGAAGAAUCAAGCUUAUCGACGAUUUCUGUCCUUGCAAAGAAGGCUAAAUGCUGACGCGCAGCUCAAGGCUGAAUACUACAAGGUCAUGCAGGAAUAUAUUGACCUUGGUCACAUGGUGCACGUCCUAGAUGACCAUGAACCCGGGUAUUACAUGCCUCACCAUCCAGUGAUUAAGGCUUCCAGCACCACUACCAAGGUGCGCGUCGUGUUUGACGCUUCUGCCAAAUCCGAGAAGGGUAUCUCCCUGAACGACUUCUUGUUGACCGGACCCACUAUCCAAGACAACCUCUUCACUAUUCUCCUACGUUUCCGUGUUUACGUCUAUGCUAUGACCUCAGAUAUUGCGCAGAUGUAUCGCCAAAUCUGUGUUCACUCUGAUCAUCACAAAUUCCAGCGAAUCCUCUACUAUCAUAACAACACUAUCAGCACUUACGAACUCCGUCGAGUUACCUUCGGUGUCUCUGCUGCACCAUUUCUAGCAACACGGACAGUGAAUCGACUUGCUGACGAUGAAGCUCACAAUUUUCCGAAGGCUUCUCAAGUCUUGAAACGAGACUUUUAUGUCGACAAUCUCUUAACUGGAGCCAAUUCCCUGACUGAAAUCCUCCAAUUGCGUGAUGAGAUCAUUCAACUCGUAAGAAAGGGAGGUUUCGAGCUUAGACAAUGGGCGUCCAAUCAUCAACAUGCCCUUGACAACCUUGACGAAAGAACCCUGGACUUGGAUGGUGCAAUCAAUAACGAUCCAAUCUCGAAAACUCUUGGCAUUGCGUGGAAUUCACUCACCGAUAGCUUCAUCUACACUGUCAGUCCAAUCGAUGCCUCUCGAAAAAUAACUAAACGAACAAUUCUCUCCGAUAUCGCGAAAAUCUUCGAUCCCAUUGGUCUGCUGGGUCCGGUGGUACUAGCUGCAAAAACCAUCAUCCAACAGUGUUGGAAAUCUAAGGUCCAUUGGGACGAGGCAGUGCCACAAAAACUGCACACUCGCUGGCUCAAAUUCGCGGAACAGCUACCAUCCAUCAGGGACUUUUCUAUCGAGCGCAAUCUCAUACUUCCUAAUCCAACUGAGAUUGAGCUACACGGCUUCUGUGACGCAAGCCAGGUUGGCUAUGGUGCUUGUCUAUAUGUAAGAUCAACGGACCAACAGGGACAAAUGAUUGUCCAGUUGGCGUGCUCAAAAACGAGAGUCGCCCCAAUCAAGGAUAUGACUAUUCCGAAGCUAGAACUGUGUGGUGCACAGCUACUCUCACGCUUGUAUCGAGACGCACUACCGGCCUUUGAUUUCCCCAUAUCGCAAACUAUCUUCUGGUCUGACUCUACUAUUGUCCUCCAAUGGCUCAAAAGAUCGCCCGAGUCUCUCAAGGUCUUUCAAGCCAAUCGCGUCACAGAAAUCCAGUCUCUUGGAGACAAAAUCGGAUGGAGACAUGUCCGUACCAAGGACAAUCCGGCUGAUUGCUUAUCCAGAGGUCAACUACCCUCUGAGUUCCUGACCAAUCAAAUGUGGUUCGAGGGCCCUUCAUGGCUCACACAAAACCAUGAUAAGUGGCCCACUCCCAUUCAAUUGACCCCAUCGGAACUUCCCGGUGUUAGGAAAAACACCUGUUUGUCAUCCACCACCUCGGAUAUCUUUCAACGUUUUUCUUCUUACUCAACUCUCGUGAAUUCUCUCGCUUAUUGUCUGCGCAUGCGCAACUCCAGUGAGUUUAAACACAAACUCUUGAGCGUGGAGGAGAGAGCGUUGACUGAACUGAGAAUCCUAACUCUGAUUCAAAAUGAACAAGUCCACGACGAAAUUGAACAGAUCAAGGAAACUGGCGAGACGAAAAACCUACGACUUCGAUGUCUCAAUCCAUUUCUCGACCAACAGGGUCUGCUUCGAGUUGGCGGACGUCUGAAACACGCACCUAUCUCUUUCACCAAAAAACACCCGAUUCUAAUGCAUUCCAUUCCGGUAUCCAGAGCACACUCUCAAAUCUUCGACACCGAUUCUGGCUGCUAG